UCCCCAUCUGACAUGCAGCAAGAAAAGCUCUCUCUACAGUACCUCACUACAGGCAGCUAUCCAGAGUCCACAGCAUUAUGAGGUCUUUAAUACUGCAUUCUCUCAUGAACUGUCAUCUGGAAAUACAGUGAAUGUGAGCAGUGAGAGGCAGUUUGCAGAUAUCACGUUAGGGCAGCAUACAGCUCCCUUCUGGUAUCAUACAUCUGUUGAUGCUGUCCCCAAGCGUGGCAGAGUCGGAUUACAGUCUCAUAACAGAUGGCGAACACAGAUGGCUUCCUCCAGAACUGUUUACUCAUUUAAAGUGAAAGAAGACACAGUGCCAGGAACAGUUGUGGGAAAGGUGGAAACAGUGUUUGAGAGUCUCACGCAUAUCACAUAUUCAGUGCAGGAGGAUGAUGGAGAGAACUUGUUCCUCCUCAGCCCCCUCUCAGGGGAGUUCCUAUUAUCCCGCAGCCUGGAUUUUGAAGCACAAAGAUUCUACAUUCUCACUGUGGCAGUGCAGGAGGGGGAUUUGCAAGUGUCGAGUGUCAGAGUGUACUUUAAUGUGUUGGAUGUGAAUGACAACCCCCCUGUUUUCAGUCAGGAUACCUUUUAUGCAUCACUACUGGAAGACAUACAGGUUGGCACUUGCUUCUUGUCCUUGAAUGUGUCAGACAAAGAUGAUGGUGACAAUGGAGACUUGAAACUGAGAAUAGUUGGUGGGAAUGAAGAGAGUGUUUUCUUUAUAAACCCAAUGGGUAGUUUAUGCCUGAUUGCAGAGUUAGACAGAGAGAGAAAAUCCUCUUACAAUCUGACUAUGACUGCCAAUGACUGUGCCCAGCCUGUGUUUUUACAACUCACCAGCACAGCACAUGUUAUUGUGGUGGUGAAUGAUGUCAAUGACAAUGCUCCAUUGUUUGUGUCAGCCAAAAGUGCCUGUAUACCAGAGGACACUGCACUUCAUUCUGUUGUAAUGACUGUACAUGCCAAGGAUGAAGACACUGGAUCAAACGGGGAUGUUUUAUAUUAUUUAAACAGCACUUCUGAUGGCAUGUUCAUCAUUGAAAGUAGAAGUGGAAAAAUGUACCUGGAGGAGCCAUUAGACAGAGAACAAUUAGAUAGCCUGACUGUGACAGUGACAGCCACUGACAGAGGCUCACCCCAGCUGGCAACCACUAUGAAUCUCACAGUGCAUGUUGAGGAUGCAAAUGACCAUGACCCAGAGUUCUCACAAAGUAUUUACAGCUUGACAGUUGGAGAGGAUCUCCCCAGAGGAAAGAGCGUGUUUCAGGUUCAGGCUCAUGAUCAGGACAUUGGGAAAAAUGGCCAACUGCGGUACAUGUUGACACACACGGGUCCGUUUGUAGUGGAUGAUGUUCGGGGUGUUGUCACUAUAAUGGAGCGACUGGACAGAGAGAAGGACUCAAACUACACAUUAAUCAUAAUAGCUGUAGAUCAAGGCAACAUACCCAGAUCGGCUACUGCUACUAUCAUUGUCACAGUGUUGGAUAUCAAUGAUUUUUUACCCCUGUUUUCUCCAGAAACACUGGUAAUAAAUGUCACAGAGAAUGCGGACGACCCAUCUCAGCUUACACAUCAGGUCUCAGCUUUAGAUGAAGAUUUAGGAGCCAACAGUCAGCUAACAUAUUUCAUACAGAAAGGAGCUAGCAAUGGGUUGUUUUCCAUCACUCCCAAUGGCACUUUCCAAAUUUUGCACAGCCUUGACAGGGAGAAGGAAUCACUCUAUAUCAUCACCAUCAUUGCAGUUGAUUCAGGACUGCCACCUUUGACAGGUACUCUUACCAUAUAUAUUGCAGUGGAAGAUAUCAAUGAUAAUCAUCCAGAGUUUACUGAGAAACUUUACAACACCAUAGUGUCUGAGGACAGUCCUACACACACUGUGUUUGCCAUGGUGACUGCAUCUGACAUUGAUGAGGGUGUCAGUGGGGAAAUAAGGUAUUUCUUGGAGAAUGCCAGUGCUCCUUUUGGCAUUGAGGAAACAUCUGGAGAGCUGUUUACAACCAGUGUCCUGGACAGGGAGACAGUAGCUAUUUACAGGUUGACAGUGAUUGGCAGUGAUAAGCAUCCUACUCAGCCACUGUCAAGCUCAGUGCUUGUCACGGUACUUAUUGGAGAUAUCAAUGACCACUGGCCCCAGUUUUUGAACAGCCCCUAUGUCGCCUAUGUCCCCACAGAAAUUGGUCCAGGUGCAGUUGUUUGUGCAGUAAGAGCAACCGAUGGAGAUACUGAGAUGAAUGCCGAACUAUAUUAUUCAUUAUAUGGACAAAGUUCCGAUCUGUUUUCCAUCAAUCCAUAUAGUGGCACUGUAUUUGCCUUAAGUACUCUUGGGAGAUUGGAAGAUAUUAUUGUCAACAUACAUGUGGAAGAUGCUGGAGAAAAUCCUAAAUUUGACAUCACUACCAUCAGUGUCAGGUUUCAGAACAUCUCUGAGUUUCCUGAGAUGAAUGUGGAUGUUCUGAGUCAUUCCCUUUCUGAGGACACGCCAGUGGGAACAUUAGUGGCCGUGGUCUCUGCAGUGAGUGUCAGAGCUGAUGUUUCUUUUUAUCUAGCGUCUGGAAACUUUGAAGAUGUGUUUCAUAUGGAACAACUCAGUGGCGCGCUGACAGUGGAGAACCCUCUGGAUUAUGAGAACAAAAAGGAGUUUACUUUGUUGAUAGAAGCCAGAGACUCUGGCUCACCUCCUUUCUCAUCGUUUGCAGAAAUUCAUUUCACCAUUAAUGAUGUGAAUGAUAACUUCCCCCAGUUCACUCAAGUUGAGUACAGGUGUGAGGUUUUUGAAAAUUCCCCACCAUCCUGGGUUUGUGAUGUUCUAGCUAUAGAUGCGGAUUCUGGCAGUUACAGCACACUGCACUAUUAUAUAACAGAAGGAAACACUGAUAAUUUUUUCACAAUUGACCCUGAAAGCGGUUUAUUGAGCACCACUGCAAAUUUAGAUAGAGAAUAUAUUCCUGAAUUCAAUUUAACAGUUGCAGCUUCAGAGCUAGACAACUCUUCUCAUAAAGAUUGUGCAACUGUUAUCAUUGUUGUUUUGGACAGAAAUGACCACGCACCUCGUUUCUCACAGAUUUUCAGCACACAGGUACCAGAGGAUGCCCCAGUUGGACACACAAUUAUACAAGUCACCUCAACUGAUGAUGAUGCUGGUGUCAAUGCCCUUAUUAAUUACUACAUAACUGACCAAAGUGAUGAUAUGCCAUUUACUAUUGACUUCACUUCUGGUUAUGUCACUGUUCAAAGACUACUGGACAGGGAGAUGCAGGAUCAUUAUAUCUUGAAUGUAAAUGCAAAUGAUUCAGCAUGGAGCAUAAGCACAGAUGUCACUAUAAUCGUUACAGACAUCAAUGAUAAUAGGCCUGUAUUUUCGGAUCAUUUUUACACCACUGUUAUCCCCGAAACAAAAGAUAAAGAAGUUUUUGUCCUGCAGGUUCAUGCAACAGAUGCAGAUACUGGGCAAGACAGUGAGAUUUUUUAUGUAAUUCAACCUCCGAAUGAAAAGUUUUGGGUGAACUCUUCCUCUGGUGAAAUCUAUACAAAGCAGCUAUUGACAUUACAUAAUCAUUCUUUUGAAAUCUUUGAAUUUACAGUCUUUGCUUUUGAUUGUGGCAAUGCUCCCCUGUACAGUAACACCUCUGUUGCAGUAAGACUGGAACCUUAUAACCACCACCCACCAAUGUUUUUGCCUGUACAGCCGCUGAUUGCAAUACCAUGUCACAUGGCUGUGGGAACUGAGGUGGUCCAACUCACAGCAAUAGAUAUGGAUGUCAGUAAUAGCAGUGCUAAUAUUGAGUAUGUUUUGAAUGGAGGUAAUGCAUCUGAUUUCUUCAGAAUCCAUGCUGACAGUGGAAAAGUAACAUUAAAUCAAACUUUAUUGGAAAGCAUAAAUUUGUUUCUCACUUUAAUAGUUGUGGCAAAAGAUCAGGGCUUUCCCUCUUUAUCAUCACAGACUAAAAUCACUUUUGAAAUUACUGGGGAGAAUCAAUUUUCUCCAAGCUUCAGUGAGCCAGGUAUCAUCUUCUCGGUCCCUGAAGACUUGCUGGUAGGAUCAGUAAUUGGUAAAAUUCAAGCAGAAGAUGAGGAUGAUGGUCCCAAUGGUGCCAUUAGAUACUGCAUUGCUCCAGAAAAUCAUUAUUUACAAUUCUCUGUGGGUGAAGCCUCUGGGCUGCUAAAACUGAUCACAGAACUUGACUUUGAAAAACAAGGUAUUUAUCAUUUUCAAAUCAAAGCCAUGGAUAGUGGCUGGGUUUUUAAAAAUGGCAUGUUAAAUGUUACCGUGGUAGUUAUGGAUGUGAAUGACAACCCUCCAGUCUUUCCAUCUGCAGAGUAUCUCACUUCAGUGCCUGAAAACUCAGAAAUUGGUACAAAUGUUCUAGAUGUAAAAGCUACUGAUGCUGAUUCAGGUGCAAAUGCACAUAUAUACUAUUCGCUUAUUGCUGGCCAUGUAGAUAAAUUUGCAGUUGACUCAAGAAAUGGCACAAUCAUCACUUUGGACAUCUUUGAUUUUGAGGAGGAGCAGAUCUUUGAUAUAACAAUCAAAGCUUCAAACACUGGCAGUCAUGCUUUAUUUAGUUUGGUACAUGUAGUCAUAGAAAUCUCAGAUGUCAAUGAGUUUACCCCUACAUUUAAGAAGAAACAAUUCAACUUUUCAGUAUUUAAUAAUGUGCCUGUAGGAACUAGAAUAGGACAAGUAACAGCUACAGAUGAUGACCAAGGCUCUCAAGGUCUGGUGUUUUACCUGAUGUUUGGCCAAAACAAAAACAUGGGGUUUGAAAUUGAGACACUUUCUGGAGAAAUAUAUACAACAAGCAGUUUAAGGAAGCAAAGCAACAGUGAUGUAGUUAUCAAAGUCCUAGCAAAGAACUCUGGUGUUAUUACUGGCAUGGAUGUAGAUGAGGCUUUGGCUCACAUCAGUGUGAUCCACACAAAUGACGCACCCAUGUUCACCUCUGCACUUUAUUUGGUGAGUGUGGCAGAAGACAGCCCUGUUGGGACUUCACUGGCAACUGUGAGUGCCCUGGACCAGAACUCUGUCUUAGACUGGAAUAGUUUCUUCUUCAGUAUUGAAAGUGGAAAUACAAAUUCAUCUUUUGCUGUUGAUCCAUCCACCGGUGUGAUUUCAGUAAACUCUCUGCUCGAUAGAGAGCUCUGGCCAGUUUAUAAUCUAACUGUUACAGCCACUGAUAAUGGAUCUCCACCAGCCACUGGGACUACUAAUGUCAUUGUGACUAUUGGUGAUGUUAAUGACAAUGCUCCUAAACUCACAUUAACUGAGGCUCAGCUGAAGGAAAAUCAACCUGAAGGCACUGUAGUAGCCAGAUUAGAUGCAUUUGAUUUGGAUUUGCCAAAAAACCAGGGACCUUUUACAUUCUGGUUGGUAAGUCCUUCAGAGGGGAGUGCCUUCUCCUUGACUCCUGAUGGAGUUUUAUUGACCACAAGGCCCACUGAUCGGGAACAAAUCUCUACGUAUCAAAUUCUGGUGGCUGUUAGGGAUACAGGGAUUCCUCCACUGUCAUCUACAACAAUGUUCCACAUCAGUAUUGUUGACGAAAACGAUAACCCUUCUCUGCCUAGAAACAUCUUCAUUGAGGUGAAAUACUUUGGCAGCUCUUUCCAAGGAGGCAUGAUCGGUAACGUCCAUCCCGAGGAUCAGGAUGAGUCCGACACAUUCAGCUGCAGCAUCAAAAGUGGGCCGCAAAACAUGUUUACGAUACCGAAUGGGACAUGUGAGUUGUUGUCUUCUUCUUUUCAAGGCGAGGCCACAUUUAACCUUACUAUCGAAGCUACAGACCAGCUUCACAUCCCAGUCAACAACAGCAUCUAUGUAAACUACAAAGGUUUCACAAAUGCUUCUAUAGACAACUGCAUAUUAUUCUAUGUGGCAUCGUCCUCAAUGGAAGAGUUUUUGUCUCAUAAGUAUCUGAAGUUCGUGAAAGCUCUGGACAGUCUGUUUAACCUACAGGCCUCUAAGACUCAUGUAUUUGGAAUCAAACACAUUGGAAGUGAAAUUCUUCUCUUUGCUGCAGUCAAAAGUUACAACGGUCAGUAUCUUAGUAGAGAGGUAGCCAGUGAGAUCUCUGCCGGACAUAAGAAAUUACUGGAGGCUCAGAGCAAUGUGACGAUUUCCCACAUCAACAGUGAUCCAUGUCACACCAGCCCUUGUCAGAAUGGGGCUAUGUGCCACAAAAAUAUCUACAUCAGUCAGGAUGUGGCUGUCCUGGAAAGCUUGGCGGUCAUCUUUGUGUCACCACAGAAAGAGGUUUUUAACUGUACCUGUCCAAUUGGCUUCACCGGGACGCUCUGCGAAGGUGACACUGAUGAAUGCGAGGUGGAUCCUUGUGAAAAUAAAGGCACAUGUGUUAAUACAGCAGGAAGUUUCUACUGUCAUUGUCAGAGUGGGUUCUCUGGCUCUGUCUGCUCUAUUGAUCUAGAUGAAUGCCUGAAGGUGAAGUGCCAAAAUGGAGAAACUUGUAUUCCAAUACAGGGAAAAAUGUGUGAGAAGUUCAUAGACCACUGUAGAUCAACCCCCUGUGGUCAGGGCAGUUGCAUUAAUUCACAAACAGGAUUCUCUUGUCAUUGUCCUUUUGGAGUCAGUGGAAUGCACUGUGAAGAGCACAGUUAUGGGUUUGAGGAGCUGUCCUUCAUGGAGUUUCCCCCAUUAGAUCGCAGGAUUAAUUUAAUCUCUUUAGAGUUUGCGACAGUGCAGAGGAACUCUCUCCUCCUGUACAACCCUGGAGAAUCCACCAGUAGGGAGUUCUUUGCACUGGAGCUGCUGGAUGGAGCCAUACAACUCUCUUAUGACCUAGGCUCAGGACCUGUGAGGCUGCAGACAAACAAACAAGUGUCAGAUGGGUAUUUUCACAGCGUCACUGCCAGAAGGAUUGGUAAUACGGGGUCUUUACAUGUGGACAACUGCACAGAUGUUGAGAACAAUGGAUUCUGUUUUUCACAGAGUGAUCGUAGUAGCUCAGAGAGGACACUAGAUGUUGGCAACAGUAAUAUGACAUUUGGAGGACUGAGGACUGUUGACUUUAUUCUACUGCAUCCCGCUCAGAUAAAAACCCAUGACUUUGUUGGAUGUAUUAAAAAUAUUCAUGUCAACGGCAUCAUGCUGAAACCUUCAAUGGCUCUUGCGACAUAUAACAUACUUGCUAGGUGUCCUCGAGCACCAAUGCCACCAUGUCGCAGCAGCCCUUGUAAGAAUGGUGGCGUGUGUCAUGAUCUUUGGUCUGACUAUCUUUGUGAGUGCAAAAUCCCCUUUACUGGAAGCAACUGUGCCAAAGAAAUCUCAGAGGAGUUUGUACUGCAAUUUAAUGGGAGCCAAUACAUUGAGUAUGUCAUCAAGGAAAGGAUCAGGAGGGACUACCUGCUAAAAAACUUGCUGGAUAAUAAAAAAGAGAUAAACACCAGAGGCCAAACAGUGAUUAACAUGAAGUUCACAGCUAAAGACAAUGGAGUGUUAAUGUCUGUCCUCCAACAGACAGGAUAUUUCAUGCUCAAGGCAAAAGACAAAAAGCUUGUGUAUACCUCCAAAGAUACUCUGACAGGACAUGUGUCAGAGUUCACCGUGGACUCUCCAGUGACUGACGGGGUCUGGCAUGUCCUCUCCCUGCUGAAUGGUGGACAAAGCAUUUUUCUCCUUCUGGAUGGUAAACCAGUCCUGAACAUCACUAACCAAAGUAUGGAUCUCACUCCUGUUAUUGUGGAAAGGAUUAUUCUUGGUGCAAUUCUCACUGGUGACUCAAAGCUCCAAGAGUUAGGGUUCACUGGAUGUGUGCAGUAUUUCAAUGUGACUGGUUACACUCUUCCUGUCAGUGGACACAGUGUUAUGGUGGACAUCAGGCCAAGCUCAACGCUUGUCCAGUCCACCUGCAGCUCUCCAGGUGUCUGCCUCCCCUCGCCUUGCACUGAGGACGUCACUGCCAAGAGAGGUUGUCUCUCUGCACACUGUCAAAACCAGCGGAGGUGUGGACCUUCUAUGCAGAACCAGUCCUGCAUUUGUUUACAUAAUGUCUCUUACCACAUCUGUGGCAUCUGCAUCUCUACAACAGAGAGCCGUGAUCAUUGCUAUGAGGCGCAGGGCAGCGUGCCUCUGUGGCUCAUAGCUGUGAUUCUUCCUCUGAUCUCAAUCCUGGUGAUUACAGUAAUGUUUGUGUCUCUUUACAAAGUUAGGCAACAGAAUGCAAAGUGUCAGAGUGAUAGUUUGCCAGCAGAGCAAGGUACAGACAAUGUAGCUUUUUGUUUUGAUGACAACAGAUCAUUCAUAGAUGCUGCAUUUGAGGAAAAAGAUAAACAUGACCCAGUGACUGCUGAUCAGCAGAGGUCAAAUGCAGAGUUUUAUUGUGAUCUGAAUCUUUCAAGUGUUCAGCUGGCGUCAAACAGUGAGCUGGAAUAUUGUGAAAUCAGCAGCAUCUCUAGUGCAUUUAAUUCAGACACUGAAUCACUCAAGCUUAGCUGGCACACGCAGUUGUACAGCACAAAGUGUGUGAAAGCUGAUUCUAAAUGGAAGGGAGAUUUGAAGAUGCUAAUAACAGGAUUUCAGAAGGAAUGCUUCAGUGAAGAGAAGGCAAAAGGUUCUUUGAAGCCUAAAAAUGAGGCUUUGAUAAACAAGCAUUUGUUGGCUAAGACUGAUGCAGAGAAGUCUCAGCAUACAUCACCUUGUUACAUGAAGAGGUUCCUCCGUCCAGAACUCCUGGAAUCUGUACAGUGCCUCACUUUUGAAGAAAUUAGUAAACUAAACACUGCCCUGGAGGAAACAAUGUCGCAUAGAACGUCCCUGGGGAUGAUGAUGAACCAUGUCUCAUCUGACAGUGAAACAGACAGCACAUGCACCUGCUUGGAGCCCGAGUAUAGACAGAUUUCUUUGUCCAACUCCAGAAAAUAUUCACUUGACCAGUCAUCGCUGCCAGUAUGUAACUUGAGGCAACAAGACAAUAUACCCGUAAACACAUUAUUCAGACACAACUGCGGCUCUGCUGCAGGUCACCCUGAGGCUAAGAGUACUUCCUUGAGCAUGCCUGCACAAUGGGAAAAAUGUUUAAAUAUACACUUAACUUUUAGCAGCUAUGCUCCCAUAUUUGAAGAUAUUGCACAUCUACCCAUUGAACCCAGUCAUUGCUAUGAUAUGCAAAGUGACAUAGAGGAAAUUAUUUGAUAGAUAUUAUAUAC